AGGAGAGGAGGAGGAGGGAAAUGGAGAGACUGGAGGAGAGGAAAAGGAGAGAGAGGCAGGAGGAGGAGAGGAAGAAGAUCGAAUGGGAAAAAGAGCAGGAAAGGAAGCGGAAGGAGUGGGAGAGGCAACAGGAGGAGAGGAAAAGGAGGGAAGCUGAGAGGCAGGAGAGGAGGAGGAGAGAAAUGGAGCGGGAAGAAGAGAAGAAACAAAUGGAAAUGGAGGAAAGAAUGAAACAAAAAGGCAAAGAGCAGACGGCGAUUGAAAAUCUGGAGCGACUUCUCUCUGGCAGCAGCCCUCAGAUGGUUCCUCCUCUUCCUCCCCUCUCUUCUGUUUCCGCACCUCCUUCAGGCCCACCAGCGCCCACCUCCCAGGCUUCUCCUCCUUACCUCUGGCUCAGCCGUGGAGGCCAAUCCAACCAGACGCCUGGACCCUCCACGGAGAGGCUGCGCCCCCCUCCCCUCACACCUCAAACCGAAUACGCCAGGGAGAAGCAGCGGCAGAGGGAGAUGUGGAGCAGCAGUGGCGGAGCGACAUUCAUUCCCUCAUCAACACACAAUACCUCAGGGAUGAACCAGCCCACCCACCCCAACAAGCCCCCAGCAAUGCAAGCAGCACCUAACCAAGCCAAAGACUCAGGCAGGGACAGAGACAGCCCCCAACACCCUCUCCCUACCCUGGCACUUCGAGAGCCCCCCAGACUCUACCAGGCUAUGUCCAGAGAAAACCUUCAACCCCCACCUUUAUCCUUCACCUCCAUCGGGGGGCUCCACAACAAACAGACAGAGAGCGCUACAGACGCCACUAGUAGUGACCCUAACGGCGCUCCGUUUGAGGAUGAGUCCUCCGAGCUGUCCACGAUGCUCCCCGACGGGCUGGCUAACAUCAUGGCCAUGUUGGACGAGUCCAUCAAAAAGGAGGAGGAGUUGUACAACAGUGAGAAGUCCGGCUCCACUGGGCUCCUGCACAGCUGCACCCCCAGUGCCGACCCUGUGAAGAGCUACCUGUGUGCCCCGGACCUGAUCCCAGCAACCAAGCAGCAGCCCAAUCAGGAAGACUUGGGCUCCAACUCGAGCCCUCCCGUGCUCAGCCGCCAAGGCUCUCUGGCGUCCCCUUGCAGCCGGACGUCUUCUCUGGAGGAGGACGAGGACUACCCUAAAGCUAAAUCAGCGGUGGAGAUGAGAAUGGGAGUGGGGAACACCAAUUACCGCCACAGUGACCUGGCUAAACUCUACGGCCUCCCUGAGCGGACUAAAAGCGAGGCGGACGAGGAAUCGGAAGAGGACUCUGAAACGGCGUCUUGUUCUCCUCCGCCCCAAAGACCCCACCUCCAUCAAACAGGGGUCAACAGCAUGUUCAAGUCUCUGGCAACGGUUUUGGAGAGCCAGAAGUACGCUUACCGCGGCGGGCCUUUCGGGAGACCGCCUCCGUCAGCUUUGGUUGGUGUGAAAUACUCCUCCUCGCUGUCACUGGGUCCUGAUAUCUGCUGCCAGCAGCAAGGUGGUUCUCCCACGUCGGAUUCAACGAGUCCACCGUUCAGCCCCGCCGCCCCACCUCAGAAAUCCUCCCCUCGCUCACUACAGGAAGACAAGAAGCUAAAAAUGGAGGACAGUGAUGUUUGGACAGAUGAGGGGGAGACGGAUGAAAGAACGAGCUCCGUCAAAAGCUUGAGCGUUCCAACCGUGAAGCCCGUUAAGGUCAUCAAAGAAGAGUGUGAGCUGACAACCAUCUCACAGUCUUCUCUGAAAGAGCUGGGCAAGAGCUGCGAAGUCAUGCUUUGUCGGCAGUCACUCGAUAAAUUCGAGAGCCGCACAAAAGUUGAAGACCGACACAAACCUGAGAAAGUAAAAGAGCACAAAGAGAAGAAAAGGAAGCACGGCCACAGCAGCAGCAGGAAGCACAAAGACAAGAAGGACAAGAAGAAGCAUAGAGAGAAGAGAGAUGACCUGUCUUCGUCGUCGUCGUCUUCAUCGUCCGGUCAUUCCAGCUCCAGCCACAAGCGGCACAAGGACGGGAAGAGCCACAGGGAGAAGAAGGAUCGCAGGAUCCUCGGUGACCUCAACCACCAGAGGCGAGAAUCGGAGAAGAACAGGAGUCUUUACGAGGCCGAGAAAAAGAAGCGUAAAGACGCGCCCGGUACCAGCUCCACCGGCGAUGGCGAUCGCGCCGAGUGGACCUCGAGUUCAGGCCACAGGUCCGCCGACCUCAAAAGCGACGCCGGUUCCAUCCCACCGUUGGGCUCUACGGACCUGUUGAAACUGAAGGCGCUGUCGGACGGGCCGCCCAAGGAGUUGAAGAUCCGCUUGAUCAAAGUGGAGAGCGGGGACAGGGAGACGUUCAUCGCCUCCGAGGUGGACGAGAAAAGAAUCCCUCUGAAGGAAAUCAGCAUCAAGAACACCGCCAGUGAAAUUAUCCGCUCAUGCAAAGGGGCUCGUGUCAAAGGAAAGUUUAAGGAAUCAUACUUGCUGCCGGCCUUCUCCGUUAAACCCAUCAUAACCUCGGAUGAACCCAUUCCUAGAGAGAAGCUCAACCCUCCUACACCCAGCAUUUAUUUGGAGAGCAAGAGGGACGCCUUCUCUCCGGUCCUGCUGCAGUUCUGCACGGACCCAAAGAAUCCUGUUACGGUGAUCAGAGGACUGGCUGGAUCACUUCGACUCAAUUUGGGGCUGUUUUCUACAAAGUCUCUCGUGGAAGCGAAUGCAGAGCAGGCGGUGGAGGUCAGGACUCAGGUGCAGCAGCCCGCCGAUGAAAACUGGAACGCCAGCGGUACCGGUCAGACUUGGCCCUGCGAAAGCAGCCGCUCGUACACCACCAUCGCCAAGUACGCCCAGUACCAGGCCUCCAGCUUCCAGGAGAGUCUGCAGGAGGAGAAAGGCAGUGAUGAAGAGGACGAUGAGGAUGAAAAGAAGCCACCUGUUAGCGCUGAUCUUAACAAGGACGGCUCUAAAGACAAUAACAACGGUGAGCAGAAAACAGUUGGGAAGAUCAUCAAGUUUGGCACCAACAUAGAUCUCUCUGAUCCCAAGAGGUGGAAGCCCCAGCUUCAGGAGCUGCAGAAGCUGCCAGCAUUCAUGCGCGUGUCGUCCAGUGGGAACAUGCUGAGCCACGUUGGACACACAAUCUUAGGCAUGAACAGCGUUCAGCUCUACAUGAAGGUUCCGGGCAGCCGAACACCAGGUCAUCAGGAAAAUAAUAACUUUUGCUCAGUAAACAUCAACAUUGGGCCUGGAGACUGCGAGUGGUUCUGCGUGCACGAGGACUACUGGGAGGCCAUCAGCAACUUCUGUGAAAAGCAUGGCGUGGACUACUUGACCGGGUCCUGGUGGCCGGUGUUGGAGGAUCUCUACAGCGCCAACAUCCCAGUGUACCGCUUCAUCCAGCGGCCUGGAGACCUGGUGUGGAUCAACGCGGGUACGGUCCACUGGGUUCAGGCUGUGGGCUGGUGCAACAACAUCGCCUGGAACGUUGGACCUCUCAGUGGGUACCAGUAUCAGCUGGCUCUGGAGAGGUUUGAGUGGAAUGAAGUGAAGAAGGUAAAGUCUAUUGUUCCGAUGAUCCAUGUGUCCUGGAACGUGGCCCGCACGCUCAAGAUCACCGACCCCGACACCUACAAAAUGAUCAAACACUGCCUGCUGCAGUCCAUGAAGCACAUCCAGAUCCUGCGAGACCAACUGGUGGCCCAAGGCAAAAAGAUUUCCUAUCAGAGUCGGGUCAAAGAUGAGCCAGCCUACUACUGCAACGAGUGUGAC